CCAUUCGAACUGUCAAAAGGGAGCGGCCUAGUUUACCCACAGCCCAAGUGGUUGUCGUUCCAGUUAAGGUUAUUGUACGUGUGGCGGCCUCAUACAAGCCUUUGACCUGUUUACAGUAUAUACAAUUAAAUAUUAAGUAAGAAUAACUAUUGCAUCGUUUGGCACUGCGAUGGCUGAUCCCAAAUACGCCAACUUGCCAGGCAUCGCCUUUAAUGAGCCUGAUGUUUAUGAGACCAGUGACCUGCCUGAGGAUGACCAAGCCCAGUUUGAGUCGUUUGUACAAGAGCUGGAGGAACUAUGCAGUGACAGUGUGGAACGCAUUGUGGUCAACCCCAAUGCAUCUUACGACAAGUUCAAGGACAAGCGCGUCAGCACCAAGGGCCUGGACUUCUCCGACCGCAUCAGUAAGAACAAGCGAGUGGGCUACGAGUCUGGAGAGUAUGAGCUUUUGGCAGAGGGCUGCGGGGUGAAGGAGACUCCUCAGCAGAAGUACCAGCGGCUGCUCAAUGAGAUUCAGGAGCUGACUCAGGAGGUGGAGGUCAUCCAGACGAGCACGCGGGAUAGCAGUGCUGAGGAGCGUCUGACCCCCGUGGCCCUGGCCCAGCAGGCGGCCCAGUUGAAGCAGCAGUUGGUCUCAGCUCACCUGGAUUCCCUGCUCGGCCCACAGGCCCACAUCAACCUGGCCGACCCAGAUGGAGCCCUCGCCAAGCGGUUGUUGACUCAGCUGGAGGCGGCGCGGGGCAGCCGUAGCUCCUCGUCAGGAGAGGGGAAGGCGGCAGGGGCCAAGGGCCCGGAUGGAGUUGUGCUGUACGAGCUGCACAGCCGGCCCGAACAGGAGAAGUUCUCCGAGGCCGCAAAGAUGGCUGAGCUGGGGAAGAGGCUGGCGGAGCUGGAGACGGCUGUGGGGUCCGGCUCUGACAAACAGGGUCCCCUGAGUGGAGCUGGAGGAGGCAGCCUGAUUGACACCCUGGAGAUCCUCCAAGCUCGGGUCAAUGCUCUGGACGCCACCACUCUGGACCAGGUGGAAGCCAGACUCCAGAGCGUGCUGGGGAAGAUGAACGAGAUCGCCAAGCACAAGGCAGCCAUCGAGGACGCCGACACACAGAACAAGGUGUCUCAGCUCUACGACGUCGUCCAGAAGUGGGACGCCAUGGCAACCUCUCUCCCUCAGGUGGUGCAGAGGCUGAUUGCGGUGAAGGAGUUGCAUGAGCAAGCCAUGCAGUUUGGCCAGCUGCUCACCCAUUUGGACACCACGCAGCAGAUGAUCAACAACUCUUUGAAGGACAACAGCACACUGCUAACACAGGUGCAGCAGACCAUGAAGGAAAACCUGAAGGGCGUGGAGGAGAACUUUGGUACUUUAGACCAGAGGAUGCAGAAGCUCUCCAAAUAAGUAGACAUGUUAGGUUUUUAUUUUUUACUGGAAGAGGAGAAAGGAAUGAGGGAGGGGGAGAAGAAAAAAAAAAAAAAAAAAAGCUGCCAGCUUCUUUUUUUUUUUUUUUUUUUAAACCCUCUCUUUAUUUUCACAUUCUCUCUCCACCUCAGCCUUUUCUUUUUGCAAUGCAAAAUGUCCAAGUUGGAAUCCACCAGGGACAAGGAAGGGAGAAUUGUGAUCAAAUACCACACUACAGUAGUUUAUAUGCCUGCUAUUGCCUCCGUCAGAUCUGCAGGGAUCUGAUGUCUGUACUGUACAUCCCUGUGAGUAUUUAAUCUCCCAUAUACCUACCAGUCACUCAGUCUCCAUACUCCAUUGGUGGCUACUUAUCUGAGUAAUUUUUUUUCAUUAAGGAAUUAUUCAAAACGAUGCAGGCAGUCAUGUCAUUGGCACUCUUUUAAAACAAAAAAAGUUGGGAUAUUACUGAUUCAGGUUGCCAUGUAAAAUUUAAAAAGUAAUGUAAAAAGGUGUCGGAAAAGAUUAAAUGUUUGUCACACGGUUUUCUUGUUGAACCACAGGGGUCACUUUUAAAAACGGUGCCCAAAGAAAUGGAGCAUCAUUUCAGAUUUCAGACAAAAGGACAUCUACUGGGCUACUGUGGAUUACCAGUUUUCUGUUUGAUUUCAGCAGGAGGUGACUUGGGAAGGAAUGCUUGUAAAUAUGCCUGUGUACCUUAACAUGUUUUCUGCUCAGUUGCUUGUAACUGUAGCUAUUAUUAUUAUUACUGAACCUACAUGCCACCAGACAAUGUCCAAUCUGCUUUGUUAUUGCCUACAACGGACUGUAUUGUAAAUCAUUGGUGUUGGAAAAUGGAUUAAACAUAUGCUUUAACCCGA